UCAUGUGAGUAAACUGCGAUUCGUCCCAUGGAAACGAGGGAAGCUGUUUAACGUGAAACGUUGGAUACAUUGUAGCGAUCGUGGUUUAUCGAUCCAUGGCCAAAUCAUGUCGUUGCUACAAUGUUAAUCUCAAAACGGACACAUCUAAUCAGGUGUUUUGCAAAUAUCAAAUUGUUGAAAAUUAUUCAUCUGAAUGUUUUUCGAACAAGCUGAUAGAUGUAGAGAAUGUGGAAUCGUGGAGGCAGGAGUUCAGCUCUGGAAAGAGCACAGGCACAGCUCUCAGAGAGGAGAAUUACCAAAAGCUCUGCUGACUCAAAAGAUAACCCAGAGCGUUAUGUGGCUAAAGGAAGAGUUAAAACCCAUGGAGAUCCAUUAUCUCCCCAGGGAUAUAUGGAUACCAUUGCCAAUAGGAGAAACACCUCACAAGCCAGACAAACCCCAUUCCAGGACCUGAGCGACCUAUCGUUAUCCUUAGAGGACUCAGUGAGUAAACAACAUCCCAAUGAGAUCACCGACAAAAAGCUGGGGAGGGACGACCCACCAGCAGAGAGCUUUGGAGCAGGUUGGGGGAGCAGGUUCCUCAAGAAAGCCCCUCCACCUGCUGCAGUUACCAGCCAACCUCCAGCCCUGAGCAGGACCCAGACACAGCCGGUCGAGCCCAAAUAUGUGACCACAUACCAGAGGAGCUCACAGAGCGCAGCCCUGAGCCGACUGGCCCUCAUAGAGAACCGCAUCCGAAACCGGCAACAGGCCAGGGAUGGACCAGCGCUGUCUGCUGAUAGGAGUACACCACCAGCCACCCAGGAGAGGGAGACGCCCCUGUCUUCCCAGUCCAGCAGUGACCUCAGCAUGAAGGGGAAACGCUUCCUGAAGAAGACAGCGAAUUCAUCACCUACACCUGCUGUAGCACCCAAGGAGAAAGGCCCGGAUCUGGAUCCCAUGCCAUUGGGUGGUUCCAAAGCCCCUAUUCCUCCAAUCAGGGUGGCCAGUCGAGGUGUGACUCUGGACAGUGAUGAGGAGGAUAUGAGGAAGCUCCUGGGAGGCUCUUUUGAGUCAUCAGAGGAUAGCCUGCACAAAGAAGCAAGAGUGUCCUCACAGACAACAACUAGAAAGUCCUUCGUCAAAAGAAGCCAAAAGGUUUCACCCUCACCUCCACUGGCAGACUGGCCAUCCUCAGUCAGAGCACUGUCCCGCUCCCCACCCUUUCCUCAACGACUCGGGUCCCCCAGGUGCUUCUCCAGCCGAACCCUGGCCCAGCACAGCCCUUCUCUCUCCAUCCGCAGUGCCUCAGUGGUCCUCUCGCCAUCGCCCUCUCCACCCAACGCUCCCUCCCCAGGCAGACAGGGCUCCCCCCAGUCCAGACACCUCAGGCGCUCCCGGUCCUCAGUGUCAGCCCUCAGCGAGGUGCGCUCCCUGGAGGAGCUCUUCCCUGAGGCCCUGGGCUCCCUGGCGGAGCUCUACCCUGAGGACCUGCCCUCUGACGAUGCCACCAGUGAGAAAAGUGGGGUCUCUGAUGAAUUCAAGAUUAACAUUAUGUCACUGGACGACCUGGCACCGGUCGUCACGCUUGGAAUGUAUGAGAACAAAAAAAAAAAAAAAAAGAAACCAAAGCGGUCAAGCACAAGGACCCUGCUCCUAGAUCAUUUAUCGAGGAAGUUUCUGGUGAGGAGCAGAUCCCAUCAGAGGAGCCCAGGGAGGACUAUGAGAGUGACUUUGAGAGUGAGAUUAGGACUGAGACAGACAGGAGUAGGGUGAGU